UGAUUGGACCCCGCCAUCUAAAGCCCAAGGAAACUACCACUAGAGGGCGCUGGUUUGUCACGUCACUAGAGGAAGUGUCCUGAGAAUGGUAUGGGACGGCGGCCAUUGUGUUAAAGCCCGGAAGUGUUUGGACUGAGAGAGAAACGUGGUGAGGAGUUGUGAGUUUGGAGAGUGUGUGUCCAGUAAGGAGGAGCCAGAAUCGUGCAGCUCUACUGUAUGCUUUGACUUCUGUUAAUGGAACCGUCCUCUCCAAGACAGAGGGGACAAAAACUGUACCGUGCUAUUAUCUACAUUUAUUUUCCAAGAGACGUACAGAAAAGUUGGAGUACGGUAUAUAGAAAGAAACGAGGAUCUCUACAGGAACGUCAUGAUGGAGAAGCGGCCGCCCCUCACAUCACCGGAUGGAUCCAGUAACAGAAAUUCCCCAGAGAGAUGUCCCCGUCCUCUGUAUUCCCGGGACUCCACACAGGAACAUCAGGAGAUCCCUCAGGACGAUCAGAAUGCAUCUUUAAGAGUUAAAGUGAAAGAAGAAACAGAAGAGUCAUGUGUGAGAGGUGAUGAUCUAUGUAAGGAAGGGAAAACUCCAGAGAUCAGCACAGACCCCGGAGAGAUUUGGGAAGACAUCAAAGCUGAGGAGGAGGAGAAAGAAGGACUUGAGAGGAUUAAAGAGGAGGAGAUCCCUCCAGAGAUCAGCACAGAGACAUACAGAAGACACGAGGAUCUCUACGGGGACUUCAUGAUGGUGAGCCAGCCAACCCUUAAAUUACCGGAUGGAUUCAGUAACAGAAAUCCCCCAGAGAGACGUCCCCAUCCUCUGUAUUCCCGGGAUUCCACACAGGAACAUCAGGAGAUCCCUCAGGAGGAUCAGAGUGAAGUUUUAAGAGUUAAAGUAGAAGUAAAAGAUGAGAUCUACACGAUGGGUGAUGAUCCCUGUAAGGAGGAGGAGAUCCCUCCAGAGAUCAGCACAGAACCCGGAGACACCAGAGACACUCCAAGAGACAUUAAAGCUGAGGAGGAGGAAGAAGGACAUGUAAGCAUUAAAGAGGAGGAAAUUCCUAUAGAGAUCUGCACAGAGCCCAGAGACAUUCAAAGAGACCUCAAAGCUGAGAAAGAAGAAAGAGGUCAUGUGAGGAUUAAAGAAGAAGAAAUUCCCGAAGUAAUCAGCACAAAUGAACAAUACAGAGACUAUAACAUUGUUGUUAUCUCGACAUUUGGUAAAACAGAAGAUGAGGACAUCGCAACCAAUUCUUCAGAAGAAAAUCCCAUUACCCAACAUGGUGCAGAUCUGUCAUCUUCUGAAAGCUGCAAAUAUCUUAAUCAGAAAUCUCAUCUCCCUUCAAACAAGGGAUCUCACCCAGUGGAGAAAACUCAGGAGCCCUACUCGUGUUCAGAGUGUGGGAAGAGUUUUUCCUGUAGAAAAGUUCUUACCGAACAUCAGAGAACUCACGGCAGAAUGAAGACCUUUUCAUGUUCCGAAUGCGGGAAAGAUUUUGCUUCUAAAUCUUAUCUUAAAACGCACCAAAGAAGUCACACGGGGCAUAAGCCUUAUUCGUGUUCGGUGUGUGGGAAGUGUUUCUCCCUAUUGCCCGUUCUUAUUAACCACGAGAGAACGCACACCGGAGAGAAGCCAUUCUCAUGUCCUGAAUGUGGGAAAUGCUUCACGCAGAAAUCAUCGGCAAUAAUGCAUCAGAGAAUUCACGCCGGGGUGAAGCCGUUUUCAUGUUCUGAAUGUGGAAAAUGUUUUCGCCGUAAAGGAGCCUUGAUGGACCAUCAACAUGUCCACAUGGAAGAGAAGCCAUUUUCCUGUGUGGAAUGUGGGAAAUGUUUUUCCUCCAAAAAAGUUCUUACUGAACAUCAGAAAACUCACAACGGAAUGAAUGAAUUUACGUGUUCUGAAUGUGAGAAAGAUUUCUCUUCUAAAUAUUCUCUUAUGGCCCACCAAAGACGUCACACGGGGGAAAAGCCUUUUUCCUGUUCGAAAUGCGAGAAGUGUUUUUCCCUAUUGUCCAUUCUUAUUAAACACGAGAGAACGCACACUGGAGAGAAGCCGUAUUCAUGUCCCGAAUGUGGGAAAUGCUUUGCACAGAAAUCAUCCGUAGCCGUGCACCAGGUAACUCACAGCGGAGAGAAGCCGUUUUCAUGUUCCGAAUGUGGAAAAUGUUUUCCCAGGAAACAAGCCUUGGUCUAUCACCAACGUGUACAUACUGGAGAGAAGCCGUUUUCCUGUCUGGAAUGUGGAAAAUGUUUUUCCAUAUUGGCUAGUCUUAAAAGACACGAGAAAACACACGCAGGGGAGAAGCCAUACUCAUGACCUAAAUGUGGAAAAUGUUUCACUUUGUUGUCUGGUCAUGGGGUAAAAAAAGCCUUUUUCAGGCCGGGAAAUGUUUUUCUCAGAAAAGCAAUCUCAUUAUGUGAGAAGUCGCCCUGGAGAGAAGCCGUAUUGCUAUACAGACUGUGCUUUUGGCCAGACUGAGGCCCCGUACACACGACCGAGUUUCUCGGCAGAAUUCAGCCAGAAACUCGGUUCGAGCCGUAUUCUG